AGUUUUGCGCUACCGACGCGGGAAACGCUUCUUAUUGGCUGCUCUUGUUUAUCUUCUAGAAAAACUCGGGCCAAUUGCGGAGAAAGCAUCAGCCUUUGAGUUUCAGCUGUGACGGCGGGCGGCCCCUUCAGUGGGGUAGAUUUUUUUCCAGGGGGCGCGAGAGACCUGCGAAUGAUGCGGGACAACUGGCGAACACUGGCAGUUUUGUAGGAGUUGGAGAAGCGAAAAGAGGCCGCGACACGCCCCGACUAGUCCCAUGUGUUUGUGAAUGAACCACGUGGCACUGACUCACUCUCCAGGACCAGUUCUUCACAGGCGCUGCCGGGGACGCCGGUUCUCUUUUCGCCCUCUUUCCCUGACCGAUCGCCACCAGGGCCGGCCCACCAUGGUGGGAAUUCGUCGCUCCCUAUACAACCUCACGGCCGUGUGUUGCGUCCUCGCUGGAAGCCUCCUGUCUCUGCCAGGAGAUGGACAGAAUGGGUCAUCAGCUUCAUCCAGCACGGUUUCUCAGUUCAUGCUUCCUCACACUGAGGCUGGAAGUUUCCAGGCAACAACCACCAGAAUGGAUGACAUUAUCCCAAGUACCCCACAAGUAAAUGUCAGCAGCAUUGGUCAACCGGAUUAUCUGACCACUACUACACUUGGCUAUUUGAACACCACAGCAAGGGUACAAACACAGACGGCAAAUAAUGCCUCUAGUAGUAACACUGAUCCUUCUUUGUUUCUUACCCCAACUACAAACUUAUUGGAAACUAAUACAUUUGGUCUGGAUGAUAGAAAAUACGACAAUACCACAUCCUGGCUUACUUCCAGCUCUGAGAUCCUGGCUACAGAAAUUUCUCAGUCAAAGGAGACACAAGACUUGUUGACUACCAAGAUUUAUGUUAGAACUGUAGUAAUAUUAAGAAAAGGAACAUCAGCUGCUCCCCAGCCAAAAUCUACUACAUUCACUACCAUGGGGCCUGCAAAAAAUACCAUCCCAAUCACGGACCAUAAGGCUUUCACAGAAGAGAACACUGUUGACUCCACAUCAGCUCCAAGGACUGCUGUUGGUGAACAAGUGAUCACAAUAGAUACAUCCAAUACUUCUAGAUCAAUAACAUCUGAAGUUGCCUCCUCUACUCUCUUACCCCACAAAAUUCUAUCAGCAGGGACAGAGCAACCAGCUAACCAUGAACAGAACACAUCUGUAUUUGAUGUGGGAAACAACCAAGAUCUGCACAGUAUACCAGUAGCCAGUCCAAUAGGAAAGGAUCCCCUGGUGAUUGCUGUCAUUGCCAUUUUUGUUGUGACAGUAGGGAUUCUGACUCUCCUGGGUUUCUUGAGAUAUCGACAACGCAGCAGUAGACUACAGUUUAGACGUCUCCAGGACUUGCCUAUGGAUGACAUGAUGGAAGACACACCUCUUUCUCUCUACAGCUAUUAAGCAAUCAAAAGACUUUUUAAAAAACAGAACCUGUUAAAGGUUACAAAACCUGUAAAGGAUCCCAAUUGGGAAGCAACUGUAAAAUUUUGGAGCUGCUGCACAACUUUGAAAUAACUAUAAAGUUGCAAAUCAAAUGACUUACUUUAAUAUGCCUUCUUUUUUCCUUAUUUUUGAGAUUGGAAUCAGCCUGACCAAGACCUUUUCCUCAGUACAUCUGCAUUUUCUGUGACUGGAUACAUGAAGUACUGGAGGAAAAAUUUCAACCAGCUUUUCAAUUGCAGGCUUCAUAUCAAGGAAAGUUUUGUUGGAUUGAAGAAUUAUACUGUACAGGGUGUGUGUGUGCGUUCUUUUCCCACAAAAAGUAAAAAGUAUUAAUUAAGCCUAUGGAAUAUGACGCGUUACUUGUGAAUGGAAAUGCAACCAAACUGUGAUUGGGAGAUCAAGUUGGCUCCCUUAUUUUCUUUGAAUUACACUUCAAGUUUCUAUCAAAAUUAAAAAAUGUUCCAGAAGGAAGUAGUGAUUUUAUCCUUUUU